AAUAAAUCUGAGCAGGAUUAAAUUUCGAGAUUUCUCCACUGCUUUCUUUUUUUUUCCUGUCUGUAAUUUAGAUCUUGAGUGAUUGAAUCCGAUUUGCUUCUUGGUAAUUUGACGCGUGGGCAGGAGUUUCUCAAUAACUUUUUUAUUGAUGAUGCUUCAUUAUGUAGAAAGAAUUGCUAAGGGAUGAGGUAAAUUCCCAAGGAUAAUUACAGAAAAUGCGAAGAAAAUAUAAUAAUUCCUUGUUUUAUUACAUUAUGCAAUUAAAACACCUGUUUUGUAUUAAUACGAUAGGUUUAUCAGAGUGAAUUCUAAUUAUUAAUGUGAAAGAUAAUAAAUUUAUAUUAAUGUGCGAAUGUAUGAAGUUUCUAGAAAGACGGGCGCCACAAAGUAUUGAAUGUGGUUAGUUAAAGAAAGCUGGAUGAAUGUGGUGGCGUGCACAAACUGACGCUUCGACUGCUUCCGCUGUGCAGUAGAAGUGGAACCGAAUUAAGAUGAAGUUCUCCCUUGCAGCCUUCAUUUGUACCCUCUUGUAUGGUCUCGUACCUGGGGCCAAAACUGGACAUCAUGAACUUCGCAGGGAGCUGGCUUCGGUCAAGGAUACGUUAGCUGGUAUUGAAAGAAAAUUAGAUUCAAUGGUUGUUACGGGCAAUGGCAACAGACUCCACAGCAUUGAAGUGACUUUGAGCUCUUUGAUGAGUAAAGUAUCUGAUAUUAAUAGAAAAAGUCAAUUGUUGAGUGAAAUACAUCAGGAUAAUGAUGCUCGAAAGGACAUUCUGCAGAGGAUAUCACGCAGUCUAGAAGAAAUGGGUAGAAGACAGAUCACCACGGUUGCAAAGAAAAGUGGAACUGAAGUUGAAAAAUUGGAUAAAGUAUCAGAAAAUGUCCAAGCCCUUUACCAAAUAUUUGGAGGAAUGAAUCGAAAACUGGAUGAUUUACAAACAAGAGUGGAAAGAUUGCCAAAAUCUUGUCCCGUUAAUGAUUUAAAAGUUUUUAUCACAAAAAAGAUUGAUUCCUUGACAGCGUCAACGGCGGUGCUAUCCGAAUGCCUAGAAUGCGAUAGAGAAUCAUUUAAAGACAUAUUACAUUCAUUUGUGCGCCAUCCAAUGGAUAAUGUAGCUAAGAAAUGCAAUCCAGGAGAUCUAGAGAGAAAUAUUGGCCGAAUUGUAGAGUCAAAAUGGAAGGACAUGAUUGAUUCUCUUCAAUCUGUUGUUCGUUUGAAACUUGAAGAUUUCAGUAGUAGGUUAGAAGGGGCAAUUCAAGAAUGUAAUUGCAUAGCGACCAAAGGUUCUAGACUUACACCUCACGACAUAGCCUACUCGCAUGACACUGCGCAAGAAUUUAGGGCCCCUAGUAAAGGUCAUACAGAAGAUGGUAAUGUGCCACGAGAAACACCUGGUAGGAUAUUUAGGAAAUUAUGGAGAAAGAUGACGGAACCCAUCAAUAAAGUUGGUGAAAAAAUCGAAUCUCUUGCUCAAGCGCUAGAAUUGUCAAAUGCAAAGUAUCAUAAUGAAACUUUGAUCAAACUAAAAGAAUGGGCUGGUAAGGGCAAAAGUGGAGAAGGUUGUUCAAAGCAAAUGCAAUCAGUUUUAAAUACAACUAAGGACAUCACUCAAAGAUUAGGACUCAUGGAAUCUCGACAAUUAGCUCUACAAAAUUCUUGCGCCAAAAUUUUAUCUGAAGUUGAAAGGGUUAAAAUCACACUCAAAGUUGGAAAUUCUGCAUUUAUCCCAGGAGUAACUGAAGGAUAUUUUGAAGGUGUGGGAGAAGGUUAUUUAGCGACAAGUUGCGCAGAUCUUCAAGCUCAAGGAACUGUGAAGAAUGGUAUCUACACAAUAAAGCCAAAAGAAGCUCCUGAAGCUUUCUUAGCAUUUUGUGAUCUCGAAACCGAGGGAGGUGGAUGGACGGUGCUUCAAAGAAGAGGAGAUUUUGGAGAAGAGUUCCGCCAAAAUUUCACUCAAAACUGGGAUAUGUACAAACGAGGUUUUGGCGAUCCUCAGCGGGAAUUUUGGAUUGGAAACGAAAAAAUUCAUCUUUUAUCUACUCAAGACGAUGUGAAACUCAGAAUCGAGCUUGAGGACUUUGAAGGAAAUACAGCGUACGCGGAAUAUUCAAGAUUUCGAGUGGAAGACGAGAGCAAGCAGUAUCGACUUUCAGUUGGUGAAUACCAAGGUAAUGCUACUGAUUCGCUGAGUCUUCAUGACGGUAAAUUAUUUUCCACGUAUGACAGAGAUAACGAUGAAGUUGCUGCAUGUUGUAACUGCGCGGAUACCUUCAAAGGUGGCUGGUGGUACUACAGGUGUUUUGAAGCUAACUUGAAUGGCCCUUAUCAUACGAAUCCUACAGAAAAUGGUUACUUCCUUGGAAUAAUCUGGGAACGAUGGCAAGGAGAUUAUUCACUUAAGUCCUCAGAGAUGAAAAUUCGGCCACUCUCUUUCGAUGAACCCCAAGAUCCUUGAAUAUACUGAUGAUACGACGCAAGUUUCUAGUCUUCCAUGGCGUCGCAGUUGUUAUUUAUUGGAAACAUCUAUGUCAUAUGUUCAGUCAUUUGAGGUACAGUAAAGAGCAAGGGAUACUUGUAGGAAACUCUAGGUUGCCAUUUUGUUAAUGAUGACAGAAAAUUAAAAAAAAUCUUUUCAGAAUUGGUAUUUGGAUUUUAAGGCAAACCGUUUGUCUAGGAAGGUGUUAAGUUGAGGUGACCUUUCAUAAAUGAGAGCAGAUAUCGUAAACAACUUAUGUGCCAUUUUUCAACAUUAAGUCAUGGAAUUUUACAGCACUAUUAUUGGUUAUAGGUUACAAACAGAGUGCAUUAUACUGAUAGGACAAUAAAACAGGUUUCGUUGCAAAAGUAUUUCUUCUAUUCCAGGAAACAUAUCCAAAUAGUAUUCAUAUUUCUCAUUACGUAUUUGACUUUAUUAAAAUGUGUUUGAUAUUUAGUUACUUUUACAGUUUUUUUAUAAUUGGGUAAUAUUUUGAAUGUUGACUACGCCUACAGUUGGAUUAGUGUUUUAUUUAUAAAAGAUAUCGGUAAUAUUGAGAGCCAGAUGCUUUUAUUAUAGAGAAUAUAGAAUUUUUUUGAACUCCUUUCGAAUUAAUUAAUAUCAGUAUUUUAGAACUGAAAUCUGAUACCAGAUUCUUCAUUAGAAUGCGUGUUCCUUCGCACCAAUAAUUCCUGAAUGCACAAAUAAAGCGGAAAUUGUUAGUAAGAUUUGAUUAAUGUAUUUUAACCGAAUAGAAUUUAGGUCACCUAAUAUUAAACAUUGAAGCUUCCGUGUUAAAUGUAUACAUACGUAAUCUUCAUAAACAAUGUUCAUUUUUAUUCAUUUUACAGCUAUCAAAAGUAGUGUCAAGGACAUUGCUUAGUUUUAAGUGCUGAAUUAAGAAUUGUGAAGUGUCUUACCUAUCUAACUGCCAGUUGUACAUUGAGAAAUAUUUUCAAUUAAAACACAUCCCACGGGCUUUCGUGUGGCAAAAUGAACGAAACAUUCAUUUUCAUCGAGGCCAGUUCCAGAGGUCUAUCAAUCGAAUCAUUCUCUAUUAUCAAACGAGUUCUAAGUUCCUAAGAGGUAUUUUUAAAGCUAUUACUUGUUUGAAAUUUCAUUCUAGCAUUUAUACAGAGAGAAUAUAUGCUAUGGUGAUUGUGAGCAGAACUUGCAGGAUAUAAGAUUUUAAAAGGCGAAGUAACAUUAGACUGUUAUUUGUUUAAUAAAACAAUGCAAAGUUUUUAAUUACAUGAUCAGCUUAAGAUAAUGACUAUGGAAAAAUUUAAAACUUCUACGAAAACAAAAUAUUGUAAACUUUUAUUUAUUUGUGCACACAAUCACUGCUGUAAAUGUCGUAGCAAAUUUGAAGAAUAAAAUAUAUUGUUGCCAGCUUACUUCACGAAA